AUGAAGGAAGCAUGGCUUUGUCAUAUACCUUUAGGGUAUAGCUCUUUGCAUAAGCUUAGUGAAGAUCCCAAUCCUAUUCUUGAAGGUGAUAAUGGUGACAUUAAAGAAUCUGCAGAUGACAUUUUAGCCCCAUGA